CACACGCGCGAGCUGUGUUGGGUACCUGGCCUGGUCCGGUCCUGUUCAGCCUGAGAACACCAUGAAGCCAACCGUAGCUGCCUGUGUUCUGCUCAUCACACUACAACUGCGACUGACAGGAGGCAUCUCAAACGGCAUCUGUCUCCUGUGGAACCCUGCCCCAAAACUCCGGAACGCGAACGCUCGCCUGGUUCCAUUCCCUCCCGUAGAAUGCGUUCUAGAUAAGACGAGGAGAUCACGAAGAUGAAGAGUAGAAAUGCAGAAAUAUCAUAAAUGAUGAGAUAUCUGGUGGACAACAAUGACAACGGUGGUAAAACUUCUAGAUGGCAAGAGAUUUGUUGGCCCUGUUAUAUGCUAUAAUAAAAUGUUGAAUAUGAAAUAUUAAAUAUGUUAUCCAUGGCCUAUAUUGUCAUCAUGACCUCAUGGCCAGAGUUUUUAUAACAACUAUUAAUUAUGAAGUUGUUCAAAUUGCAUCUGGAAUGUAAAAUUGGUAUCAGUGUCUCAUAUAUAUACAGAGGUCUGUAUUCAAUCUAACCUCAAUGUGAAUUACCCUCAGCCUUGAAUGAUGAAUUUCAGCAGGAUUUCAAAAUUGGGUUUUUUUUUUUUGUUUUUGUUUUUGAACAACCUUCUUUUCUAGCUGCCAAUGUCUGUCAAUCAUAAUGGUGGGUACAGAAAGUGACAGGCUGAAAAUGGGUUACUCAGCACUGUGGAAGAAUUCCACUCCAAUGAAUCUUUGCCUUUUGCUUGCAUUGUUAAUGAAAUUAAUUAUUUUUCCCCAUUGUUUGUUCAUGUUCUUUACAGGGUCCACUACCACACCGCCACAGGAUCGAGACUCGGGAGAGGUCUGUUCCCAGCUGAAACAGCUCCAGCAGCACAAAGCAUUAACGGGAAAGUUGAAGAUCCUGCUGGAAGCUCUGUUCGAAGCCUUCUGCAAUAAGGACCUGGCCAAAACGUCCACCUCUACCACCUUAACGUCAACCACCUUAACAUCAGCACCAGUGACUACAGCUCUCCAGACUGGCGAAAACAAAAGAGAGAAUAAGGACCAGAAACCCCCAAAGUCUGCCGGCGCUCCUGAGAAUGCCUCUCCUAAUGACAGCAAGCGAAAAGAGGAGCCACAGGCAUCUCCCAAGUCAGACAGGAAGUUCCUCUGGAUAGUCCUGGGAGUUCUGGGCGUGCUCAUGCUCGUCACCGUCCUGACCCUGAAGAGCAAGGUCCUCAUCUGUACGAGAACGUACACAAACGCAGGUGUGGCAGACAACAUGGAGGAAAAGAUGUACAGUGCAAAUGAUGACAUCGUUCUUCUGGGCGUGACACCAGGAGCUGAAGGGGAAGAUGAUUGGUGCUUUUCCCCUAAAGGUUCUCCAGGAUAUGAAGAUAUCUCACCUAGAUCGACAUGUUAAUUUAGCUAAGUCUGGGAUUAUUUAACAUUUGCAUUAUUAUUAUAAUUAUCAUCAUUAUUAUUGUUUAUAAUGCUCCCUGUCAGAUCUAUAACGCUUAUAGUGCUUCUGUUUAAAGAGGAGAACUGUGUAGGAGAGUCUGCACAAAGAAACAGUACAAGCCUUGAUGACUCGUACUCUUUUUGAAGAAAGAAAGAAAAAAGAAAGACAGAAAGAAAGAAAGGCAGCAUCCAAAGCACAGUUUGGAAAUGUUAGUGAAGAACUUCGUGUCAGUGGGCACUGAAAUCUGGAUUUAUGAGGCAAAACAAUGAAGGCUUCUGCUUCUCACUCCAAGAUGCUGGAGUGGAGUUGUUCUUAAGAUGCACACUGACCCUCCUAAACCCUACCUCCACCACUGUGACCCAGUAUCGGAGCAUGAUGAAGACGAUCCAUGGAUGUCAAGGAGAUGACUCUUAUUCACGUUGCUGAUGUGUCCAAACGGGGUGACAGUGUUUAAGUCCUGUAGAACAUCAGAAACCUCAAACUCCAGUCCGGGAGGGCCGCAGUGUCUGCAGAUUUUCGUGCUUUUUUCUCUCAAUCAGCAGCCAAUUUAGGCCUUGGAAAAAAGUCUUCUUUAAAAAAAAUAAUAAUAAUAAUAAUUCCACCUGUAGAUGGCGACCAUCGAAAGCAUCUUGGUCAAGAGACAACACGGAGGAUUCUCAAGUGUGUAUACUUGUACGUAGAGGCCUGAGGUUAUGCACAGCUGUGACAGGCCAAUGAUAUUUUUCUUACAAAAUGGCUGACAUUGAUUAUAUAUAGCAUAUGCACCUUUUAUACAGCUGGGAUAUCUACUGGAAAAAUCACGUUAAGGGUCAGUUGCAUAACUAUAUGCUGCAGUGACCUACCUGUGAUUCAAACCUGCAACACCCUGGUUUCAAACCCAGCUGAAAUGUGAAACGCAGUCCAUGGAAUUUGUCAGUUAAACUGUGAUUUCUGAACCUGCCCAGCUUGUAUUUGAGGAGGAAUAAAAAUUGCAUUUA